AUGCGGUUCUCGUCCUGCUUCCUCGCUCUCAUCGGCACUAUCUCCUCGGUCCAGGCCAUCCCUCAACACAUCUACGGCCGCUCUCUGGAGCGCGGGGCCGGUCCGGUCGCACCUCGGGGCUUCGCCCUCAAGCAGGCGACUCGGUCCCAGAUCGUUGACUGGGCCGCUCACCCGCGCGACCUUCGUCCACGAUCCAGUCCACUCCCAGUAUUGACUUGCCCUGGGUUCGUCCAGACGGGCACCGUCCCCUACGCCCGGUUCAGCGGUGUCGACUACAAUGCGCCCAUGGAUGCGGAGUUCUUCAGUAUGGUCGACACGAGGGAGUUAUGUACCAAGAUGUGCGAGCUUGAUAGCUCCUGUAUCGGCUCUACCUACAAUGCGGGCAUUGACGGCUGCUUCAAGGUCAGGACCAGCGGGGUGUUCUUCGAAGCCGCAUUCGACGUGACCCUCAAGGGGACCACAUGCGAAGCCAGCGGGGCUGAUCUAUCUCAAUUCCCUGGGUCGUCUUGCUGCACCGAAUAUCGAGCCGCCACUCCCUAG